AGCGCACCGACCGAUCAACCUCGCGUCGUCACCUUCGAUCACUAUGGCUGCCAUCGCUUCCUCCGCGUCCGUCGCGCCCCAGGUGGUCCGCUCCACCAAGGCGAUCGCGCCCUCCCGCGCGGCCCUCGCCAUCAAGCCCACGCGCGCCCGCCGCGGCGUGACCGUCGCCGCGCGCGCGGCGCUCUACUUCCCCGGGGAGACGGCUUACAUCGAGCAGAUCGCGUCGGAUUACCCGGAGAAGGGGAUCGCGAACUGGGAAGAAGCGCGCUGCCUGUUCAGCGAACUCGGGUACAACAUCCUGGACAUUCGCUCCGAGUGGGAGAUCGACUCCGUUGGGAACUUCCCCAGGGAGCUCCCGUCCGACCACAAGUCCGGCGCGAAGAUCUACACGGUGCCGCUCAUCAACGCGAGGGCGCAGUACGAUUCGGACGCGGGGAAGAAGGUUGUCAAAGACCAGCAGCCCAACCGCGACUUCAUGAACCAGGUGAAGAAGAUCUUCCCGGACACGAACGCGAAGAUCAUCAUCUGUUGCUCGGACGGCCGCAACCGCGCGAUUCAGGCGCUCGAGGCGCUGGACGAGGCUGGCUACGUGAACAUCGUCGGCCUCCGCGGCGGGUACAACAUGUGGAACCGCACCUGGGACGCGAAGUUGCGUCGUCGCAACUUGCCGGGGGAUUUCCAGGAGGAGUACCAGCACGGCGCGGACGGAUGCGGCGUGCACGCGACCGGGGCGUCGUUCCAAAACCAGGACGCGUUCCAGUACCCGGACUGGAAGGACGACACCGACUGGAUCGACUGGUCCGCGUGAACGCGACGCGACGAACGCGUGAGUUCGCGAAGAGACGAUCGAUGACGGUAAAUACUCGUAAAUAAAAAAUGACCGACGCCGCGACUCCCGACCGGGGGAAACGCGGCGCCGCGCGGGCGACGAGACGCAGACGAUCGUCGCGCGCGCGACGAUUGUUUCGUGGUCGAUCGCGGAGGACGCGGGGAUUCGCUUUAGCUUGGCGGUUCGCGCGAAAUCUCAGAGAUGAAUGACACACGAGACGAGAUUUUC